GUUUUAUUUGUUUUAAAAUCUUGUCAAAUUGGUUCAUUAAUCUUUCUUGUUGUUUCUGUUAGAUUUUAGGAGAGUCUUUGCUUUGUAAAAGAAUAUUUAUUUUCUAUGUUAUUUAGGUUUGAUCUGUUUUUUUUUAGUUUAUAAUCAUAUCAUGCAUUGUCUGAAAGAAUCUAGUUAGCUUGCCAAGAUAUAGGCGACCGUCAUGGUCAAACAAAACCAUCUACUAAAAAGGCCCUAUAUCUUGAUAUACUAUAUUCACUAAACCUACAAUUUGCUUUAUAAAUUAGGAAGUCCUAAAUACUUAAUUUAUUCAAUAGUUUAAGAAUCUAAAGUGUUGGUUGGUGUUGUGAUCAUUUCAGACACUCUUUUCCACAAUUAUCUUGAACUUUACUUGUUAGGUUCUUUUGAUGUGGUAAUUUACAGAUUCUAUUCUUUUUCAUCACAAUAAUAUUUAAAUUUAAAUACUAUAUUUUGUGUAGGUAGCUUUCUGUAUAGACCACAACCUUAAUUAGACUCAGUACAUAUGGAAAUUUCUCUAGUUGAUAUUUUUAGCAUGUGUUUGUAACUAAAAGUAUAUAUUAUCCAUAUAUAUGGCCAAAGUUCUGUGACUUGUUUGUUUCUGAUUGGGACGUUAUUAGUUAUCCAAUAAUAAAAAAUAAAUAUGUAUUAAUAAAGCAUUUAUAGUGUUUAAAGUGGACGAUCAUUUCCACUAAGAUAAGUCUGAACAUUGAUGCAAAUAUGAUAAUAUAACACUAUUAAAUCCAUGUUGAAUCGAAAAUGAAUUUGACACAUUGUUCUUCGUUUUGUAAUUUUUAAUUUUCCUAAAUAGUUGUAAACAAUGCAAAUCGGUUAUUUCAUAUCCAAAAAUAAAUUCAUUAAUAUUAAAAUAUUUAAAUUACCUAAUUCCAUGUUAUUGACUCGCUAGAAAAGCUAAGCUAGAAAUGUUUUAAUGAAUUUAGACAGUCUUUCCAGAAGUUUUACAUUCCAAUUUACAUCCACUAAACAGUAAUAUUGGUGACAUACAUAGAAGAUUAUUUAUAAUUUAAAAUUUAAUAUUUCAGUGUCCUAUUAAAUAAAUGAAAUAACAUUUCGUCCAUCAACUUUAAAUUAAUUUCACACAUAUUCUCCAAAUAUCUCAUCAUAAGGAUAAUUCAAAAAAUGUCUUAAAUAUCCAAAGAUAGUAACUCAUCCAACCAAAUCUACAAAAUUCGAGCAAUAGUAGGAUAUUAAAUUUGGUAAGAAUUCAUUACAUAAUUAUUCUUUAUAAACUAAAUGAUAAUACAUACCGAUUGGAUAAGUGUUGAUGUGAAAUUGGUGGGGAGUAUUCUUUCUCGAUCCAUCGUAAGGUUUAACUUCAAAUCGUCGGAAUAUUUUCCAUAUAUCUUCAUCAAAAAGCUGAAAUAGUGCUUGUCCAGUUAAUUAUGAGGAAGUAUUAAUUCAAUUCUACAACCUUAAUUUAAAGGGAAAGUAAUUAAAAUUUCUUGUACAAUAAACCAAAGAAAAAAAUUAAAUAAAUAUUACAUAGAACUUACAUUUGGGUCAGCAAAAAUAAGGUGCUUCUCUUUUAGAUUUAGCGGGCUUGUUGUUUGCCACACUCUUAAUACAUUUUCUCAAACUUCAACAUUAGUUGAUUUUUCAGUAAGUUCAGAAAUUAGGGUGUUAAUGUUUGUCAUGAAGUUAGACUUUCAAUUUUCCUCUGACUUUUCUUAAACGAGUGAGAAUUUUUUGGAGAAUUAUAAGAUUUGAAUUUUAAAUUGUUCUUUUGAAAUGUUUUCACUUUUCAUCGGAUAUUAAAGAGACAUCAAAGGAUAUAUAAGCGAGUGUCAAUAUUCAGAUCAUUAGGCUAACAUACUUAAAUGGUGAUAAUCAAUCAAUUUAAUAAUUUGUUAGGAUUGUCUUUCAAUAAAAUAUAUUUAUUUAUUAAUUAAAGUGUUGAAUAAAAAAAAUGCAUAAUAUAUGUAAUGUUACAAAGAUGAUUUUUACAUAUAAAGAAAACCAAAUCUUACUUAACUACAUCCGAUUUCUUAAAAAAAAAAAAUUUGCCUAUAAUAUAUUCAGUUUUUUUAAUAUUCUAAACGAUAAAAUAUAUGACGUUUGGUUCAAAAACAUAUAUUUUAUAUUAGCCUAAAAAUAUUAAAUUUUCUAAUAUUUAUAUAUGAAAAUAUAUUAAUUCAUCUACUAUCACUAUAAAAAUAAUUUUAUAUUUUUACAAUAUUCAGUGUCCAAAGUUUUCCAUUACUUAAUAAUUAUAUUAUUUACAUAAUAAAAUAUAUGUCAAAUUACUUUAUUAACCUAUUAAUGUAAUGUUCAUGACUAAUUCUCGUAUGAAUAUGAUGCUCUUAGUCAAAUAUAGUAAUUGUGAUCUAUUAUAUAUUAUUAUAUAGUAAAAAAAUAUUUGAUUUAUGAAUAUCCAAGAUUUAUAAUUUUAUUUGAACUAUCUUAAAAUAUUUUAUAGAUUUAUCUCUAUAAAUUUACAUAGUUAUUAGUAAAUAAUAUUUGAGACUCAAGUUCGGUUUUUUGGUAUAAGAUUAUUAACAAUUGUUUAGUCAAAUUGAUGGUAAAUUUUUUUAUAAGUUCUUCAUAACCGCUUAAUACCUUAAAAUAAAAUAAAAAGGGUUGAUUUUAUUCUACAAUAUAACACUCGAAUUUUAGCUAAACGAAACUAAAAAUAUUAAAUAUUAAGUUAUGUAAUAAUUUCUUCUAAACCAAUAUGCAAGAAAUUAAAGGUUAAAAUUAAUUCAUUGCCGAAGUAAAAGAAAAUAGUGAAAUAUGUUGGCAGAAAAAGGGUAAAUUUUUUUCAGAAUCUUGUUUAGGAAUUUAAAUUAAAUUUCAUUAGUAAUAAAAUUUGACAUAGACUAAUAUAACAAGAACAAUGAAGAAAUGGUGUUGACUAAUGACCACCAUCAUUAAUAAUUAAGAAAUGGUAUUGACAAAUGACCAAACUAAUUAAUAAUAAUUUAUUGCAUCUGUAUAUUUUCUUGACUGGAAUUUAUUGUUUUUUUUUUGGUAAUCAAUUUUUUUUUUUUCAUUUAAGAAAAAGAGCUUCAUAUUCCCUUUAUUCUACUUCGAACUUUUCUUCAGUCAGAUUUUUUGCGAUACAGAUUCAUCCUUUGGUGUGAUUGAUCAUGGCUGUCCCGGAAAAUGCUGAUGUGAAAGUGGACUCUUGUGAUCAAAACCUAGACAACAACACUGCUUCAUUAGCAGCUACGAUGAUGCCGCCAUCUCCUGGUGAUCAGAACCCUGAAUCCAACUCUUCUGUUGAGACACCAAACUCAACAAAGGGAAAUGAAGGGGCUCUCAACAGUGAGAUAAGUCAUAUGGGUGUUAAGUUUUCUAAACUUAAUCCGAUGGCUAAGGAGUAUGUUCCACAGCCCCUUGCUCCAACCCUCCCUGUGUUUGUGGAGAAUAGCUUAUGGUUUACCAACAGUUUCGCAAUGCAAGCUUUCUCUGCUGAGGACAAUGACCUUUUCGAUACAAGGAGAAUGAAUUUUUGCCAAUGGAAGCCAAGGAUGAGCAAGAAAACAAGCCUGGCUCAGAAGGAAGAAGCAAUCAGGAGAACUGUCCAUGUCUUAGACAUUGAUCAACAGGUUACUGAGGAGCAACUUGCUGGUCUCUUUCAAUCAUGUGGGCAGAUUGUUGAUUGUCGUACAUGCGGUGACAAUAAAUCUAGUCUCCGUCUUGCCUUCAUUGAGUUCGCUGAUGAAGAGGGAGCUAGGUCUGCUGUAAGCCUAUCAGGAACUCUGUUUGGUUCUUAUCCUAUAAAGGUUCGUCUUUCAAAAACAGCUAUUGCACCUGUGGACCCGAGUCUUCUUCCAAAGUCUCAGGAUGAGCGUGAGAAAUGUGCAAAGACUGUUUACUGUACUAAUAUCGACAAGAAGGUCACUCAGAUGGAACUGGAAGAUUUUUUUAAAACAGCAUGUGGGGAGAUUCAACAUGUGAGGCUUGUUGGAGACUGUCAUCACCAAACCUGCAUUGCUUUUGUUGAAUUUAAGCUGGUGGAAAGUGCAGUUUCUGCUCUUAAUUGUAGCGGUAUUGUCUUGGGCGGUCUCCCUUUAAGGGUGAGCCUGUCAAAGACACCAGUGAGGCUAGACCAACCUGAUUUAAACUAAUGGUAACUGCAAACCGAUCAAAGAGCUCAUCAAUUCAAGGAGAUAAAGAGCGAUCAAAUGUCAUUUUAAAGAUACUCAGAAGCGUUUUAUGUUCAUAUAAUUAACAAUCCUUUUUGUUACUUAACCACCUCCCAGACUUUCUCCUUCUUCUCUUUGCGUGAUGAAAAACCAAAUUGUUCGUUUUUUAUAUUCAUGGAUCAUUUUAAGACUCUUUUUGGGGAAUCUUUUAUUUUGCUCUAUCUUAUGUCUGAAUCUCCAUGCAUAGACAUCUGGUAAGAGUACUCAGUGUGUUUAAAAUCUUGUCAAAUUGUUUCAUUGAUCUUUCUUUUUGUUUUUGUUAGAUUUUUGGAGAGUCUUUUCUUUGUGAAAGAAUAUUUACUUUCUAUGUUAUUUAGGUUUGAUCUGCUUUUUCUUUUAGUUUAUAAUCAUAUCGUAGUCUGAACGAAUCUAGUUAGCCUAUCAAGAUAUAGACGACCAUUCCCUUAUGGUCAAACAAAAUCAUCUACUAAAAAGGCACAAUAUCUUGAUACUAUAUGUUCUUUAAACCUCCAAUUUGUUUGAUAGAUUAAAAAAUAGUACUAAAUACCUUGAAAUUGUUUAAAAUUUGGUUGGUGUUGUGAUCACUUCAGACACUCUUUUCCAUAAUUGUUUUGAACUUUACUUGUUAGGUUAUUUUGAUGUGGCAAUUUACAGAUUAUAUUCUUUUCCAUUAAAGUUAAUGCUAUCUUUUUGUGUAGGUAGCUUUCUGAUAAAAUUGAUUAAACUUUGAAUUAUAGAUCAAACUUUUCAAUUCAAUUGUCUGAGUUGGUUUGAUUUCUUUGAAUUAUAAAUCCUUGGCAAAAACUACACGACCAAGUGUGAAACCACAACUAAAAGUAGACACAAUACAUAUGGAAGUUUCUUUAGUUGAUAUUUUUAGCAUGUGUUUGUAACUAAAAGUAUAAGUUAUUCAUCUAUAUGACCAAGUCCUGUGACUUGUUUGUUUCAGAUGGGGACGUUAUUAAUCUAAUAUAAGAAAUAACAUAUUCAAACGUUGAAGAGUUUAGCGGAAAGAUAAACGUCAACUUAUCAGACCAUUGUCAGCUUGCCGGUCAAGAUAGUGGAAAAUACGUAUACGUCAACAUAGUGGUAUAUUUCUUGCGGCGUAAGACAAGCUCCCUUCACAACCGGAUCACUGCAUCGACCAUAGCAAAAAUCAAACCGGACCGUACGUCUAGUAGACGAUUCAUGAAGGCAACGAAUUUAAAUUUUUCUGGUUAGUUAUGAUUUGAGUUAGCCACUUGAGCUCAGCCAAUUAAACCAAUAGCCAUAAACGUCGUCAGAA